CCACCAUUUUCAUUUCAAACUUCAUCUCUCUCUCUCUCUCUCUCUCUCUCUCUCUCACACAUCAUCAUCAUGCCGGUGACGAUGCAAAGAGGAGAUGGUGAAGUUAGGGCUAAAAUGGCGGAACUCAGAAUGGUUUGCGGCAAAGAAAUCGAGAUUCAGCAGCAUAGGACGGAAAACGCCGUCGUUUCGAUCCAUAAAUCACUUCAGUCUAUCAAGUCAAUCGCACAGGAAACUGUUUCAAAUGAAGGAAAGAUAGGGAUGCUUAAAGCUGAACUGCGGGCGGUUGAGGAUGGCUUGGUGAAGGCUAUUGCUGUAAAGACUAGACAAGAGGCAAAAAAGAUGGCUAUUGCAGACUCCAUUUCGGCUGUAAAAGCUAGAAAUGAAGAACUUCACAAAAUUGUGGUUGACCAGAGGACCAGAAAGGAGGAAUAUGCACAAAUCAUAUCACGCCAAUCUGAAGCUUUGAAAGAAUGUGAAGAAAAACACAAUCAAGACGCAGAACGUAGAGAAGAAAUAGAAGAGGCAAUUUCAUGGUACAAUAAGGUGCUUGGCUUCAGAAUUGAAAGGGGGCGCGGAAUAAAAUUUGUAUUCACACAUAUAAAUAUGAAGAAACCGGACGAGGAGUAUUUCUUCACCAUUCGCCUUGAGAAUGAUAGCUAUUGUUUGCUUGAAUGCCAUCCGCAUGUGACUGAGGUCAACAAAUUAGUCAACGAUCUUAAUAUUACUAAUGGCUUGUAUAAUUUUGUCAGAGUUAUGAGAACGAAAUUUCAAGAGGUUUCAGCGGGCGUUUAUUUUGCAGGAAAUUUACAUGAAAUUGCUUCUCAUCCUCAAGAAACGACUAUGAUAUCCAUGUCAGCACCAAUGUCUUCGGUCUCCACUGACAGUGUAAGCGGGUCCCCAAAGAAGAAUAACUUUAGGCAAGCAGAUAGAGUUGGCAGGAAAGCUAAACACGUUCAAGGGGUACAAUCGUCAAUUCAGUCCCCUGGAUCUGCGGUAUCUCUUCGUCGAUCCCCACGUUAUAAGGUAAAAAAGUGAAGAUGGUGGUUGCUGUUAUGUCGUUACAAUCUGACUUUUGCUCCUUGUUAUGUUCGUAAUGUAAUCGGUGGCAAACUCUCUUGUUUGCUUGUAAUUAAGAAUCUCUAUGAGGAUAUACACAAUCUCAACUGAUCAGGUUCAUUGGAUGUGUGGUAAAGAUCGUGUGAGUUGAUUUUUGUGAUUUAUUUAUUUUGUUAAUGGUAAUGUUAUAAAACUCUCAAAACAAAUGUAUAUCUGCAUGCUUGAAACUA